AUGCUUUCAUGGGUUUUGCUCCUACUUUUGGGAGUUUCGUCUGUGCAAUGCGGGUUCAGCGCAUACAGCGACAUAUACAGCUCCCCCAAGAUAAACAUCCAAUACUCUGACAAACUCGUCUCGUUCCCUGAAACAGACACCCUUUUAAAAUUGAGACAAUCAAACAGAUCGUUUGAGCUCCUCCUGCGGCCAGACACCCAGUAUAUCUGCUCCGUUCCUUACUACGCAUUACCCCAAGUAUCCACCUCAUCAGAAAAUCGCAUCGAAGUGGACACGGAGACGUUAGCCUCUGCUGUAGCCAUUAUCGAGAAAGCCCUAGACAGCUGCUUGUACUACAGCACUGGCUGGUGGACGUAUGCCUUCUGCUACGGCAAGGAGGUGGUGCAGUUCCACGAAGACUUGGAGGUGGCCAAGACCGGUGUCCCCAAGCCGGACCCGACAUUGCCCAUCUACUAUCUCGCGCGGUUUCAGGAUGAAUCAGAUUUCAGUAUUGAGCAGGACCGCACAUCGAAGUACAUUUCCCAGAGUGUAGGAGGAGGCACCAAGUGCGAUAUGACCUUGACUCCGCGAACAAUCGAUGUCAAGUACUUUUGCGACCCCAGAAUUGGCCGCUUGAGUGUGGAAUCUGUGGCUGAGGUGCGGACUUGCCAGUACGAAGCAGAGAUCAACAUUCCUGGGUUGUGUGACACCAAAUUAGCGAUUCAGGAUAGCACCGCAGACAGGUUAGAUAUUGUUUGUGCUCCUGUCGGGACCAGCAACGUCACUAGAGACACCCAGGAUCUCUUGGAUCUUUUUCAGAGGGGAUCGACAGAGCACCGUCUGCGGGUCACCCUUUCCAACUACGAAUACACAUCGAUGGGUUACGGAGUAUCCAUCGGUGAGCACAUCAAACCAGGAUUUCCGAAUAUUAUGCUCAUCAGUCUGAGCAAAGACUCUGUGAAAGUGGUGGAGGACUUGCUCCUUGUGUUUUCCAGCGCCAUCCCCAAUGGCCGCUUGGUGGUGAAGUCGACAUUUAAGAAGUAUACUAUUACCGUGGCUGACAAGUUCACGGCAAGAUUUCCAAUGUACGAUUUCAAGGGUGAGUUUGUGGCGAACGUGGAGAUUGUUUUUGGCGACAAGCUGAAAAUGGUGAUAUCAGUCUUACCGCACAGCACAAUCAUCUCUGAGAACUAUCUCAGCGUGCAGAAGAACGGGAACGCCGCGCAAUUGAAUACUGAUUUCACUUAG